CCCCCCGCGGCCAAUGGGCACGGAGCGUCUUAUGAAUAUGCGAUGAGGCCGGGGCCGCGGCCCGUGUCCUGCGGGCCGGGCGGGCGGCUGUUGGCGGCGGGGCGCAGGCCGCGGGCCGCAAGAUGGCGACCGCCAUGUACCUGGAGCACUACCUGGACAGCAUCGAGAACCUGCCCUGCGAGCUGCAGCGGAACUUCCAGCUGAUGCGGGAACUAGACCAGAGGACUGAAGAUAAGAAAGCCGAAAUUGACCGCCUGGCCGCAGAGUACAUUGAGUCGGUGAAGAACAUGUUACCCGAGGAGCGGGUGGAACACCUGAAGAAAAUCCAGAGCGCCUACAGUAAAUGUAAAGAGUACAGUGACGAUAAGGUGCAGCUGGCCAUGCAGACGUACGAGAUGGUGGAUAAGCAUAUCCGCCGGCUGGAUGCGGACUUGGCGCGGUUUGAAGCGGAUCUGAAAGAUAAACUGGAGGGCAGUGACUUUGAAAGCUCUGGAUCACGAAACCUGAAAAAGGGACGAAGUCAGAAAGACAAAAGAAGCUCUCGUGGUCGAGGCAAGCGGACGUCUGAAGAAGAUACACCAAAGAAAAAGAAGCUGAAAGGAGGCUCCGAGUUUGCUGACAGCAUCCUGUCGGUGCAUCCCUCAGAUGUCCUGGACAUGCCGGUGGACCCCAACGAACCCACCUACUGCUUGUGUCACCAGGUGUCCUAUGGGGAGAUGAUCGGCUGCGACAACCCAGAUUGCCCGAUUGAAUGGUUCCACUUUGCUUGUGUGGACCUCACCACCAAACCAAAAGGGAAAUGGUUUUGUCCGCGUUGUGUUCAGGAAAAAAAGAAAAGUAAGAAGUAAAGGGCAAUACCUCCUCUGAGGCAAGAAGAGUUUUAAUAUAUUCCUUCCUUCAUGUUGCAAUAUCAUCUUUGAUUUUGGUUGUGAUUUUAAGACCUGCCCUCCUCCUGUUUCUGAUACGCUAUUUAAUUGUCCAGCGGCCAGUUGUAAUUCCUGUUCUUUUGUAAAAAAAAUGACUUUGGGAAGGGAGGAAUUUGCCCCAGGGAUUUUAUUUAUGUUACUCUUGCACAGCACUGAAAUCAGUGUUACUCUGAAGUGCUAGAACAGCCAGUAGCUGUAAUCUGCUAGUUCUUAGGAGUCUGUUAAACCCUGUGAGGCACUGCAGGAAAAUGAGAUACCCAUGUCUUCAGUAUGAUGCGUGCCAUGGCUGAAGUCAUUCAGACCUGGAGCUUAGCGUGACAGAAAAAGCAAUUCUCUCUCAUGCAGCCUACAGGAAAGGAUUCUCUCAAUUGUUUUGGUGUGAUGCCCUUUUGUUGUGCAGUUUUGUAGUACAGAGAGGAUCAAGAAAGCUGAUUAGCUGUUUCCAGUGUCUGUUUCCUCAAAGCCAAAUUCUGUGCUUAGUUUUGACAGGAUGGGAAUAGGAGAGAGAGAAGAUGAUAUCUUCUCUUUUGGGGAAUUUCUUCUGUCCAACUUUGCACUGCCAUUCUUUUACUUGAUUUUGCUCAGAUCCAUGUUACAGCCUUGACAGAAGCAAACUGUGUGGCUUUUAACCUCCUUCUGUGAAAGGCUCGUCUCUUCUGGAACAAAACCUUUAAAUAUCGAAGGAGUUGUCCUGCAGUGUUUCUUGUUGACAGUAAUACCGAGAGGGCAAGUUACCUUUCCUGUCAGUUUUUGUUUCUUUGAAAAUCCUUUUAAGUGUGUUACUGUGAAGUUGAAACCUAGAGUAUUGUCAUAGGGGGUCCGAUUUAUUCAUACAGUGAGAUGAAGGCCUGAUUUCUGUUAUAUCUGUAUGCCUGUCUUGCACCUCGGGAAAUCGAGAUAAGAAGCUUUAAGGGAAGAUUCUCUUAGGACAAUGUGUAUGUGCCAGUGAUGAUGCAGCAAAGCUGAAAGGCAGCUGUGUGGUAGUGUGGUGGGAGUCUGGUUCUUGGGUAGCUUUUGCUACGAAGUAGUGCCAUUAAAGAAGGCAGUGCAGCAGGAAUGUUUUUAAAUUACUGCUUGUCUUUUUCUAGGGGGCAAGUUUGCCUGUUCUUGACUUCUUUAAGCUGCCUUUCAGAUCUUGAAUGUGAAUGCGUGCUAUCAUCAUGGUGUCAGUUGCUGCAGCAAGGGGAUGAGAAGGAAAUAAUAAGUAGGAAAACAAAACUCUGUGUUUUGUUGGUUUCUUUUUCUCCUUCCUCUGAGUUGAUAGUGAAUGCAGAAGUCGAGGGAAGAACAGAUAACUAUUGUCUUUAGGUAUCUCCUGUAUUACGGGGCUUAACUGCCUACCAAAGAGAUGUGGUUAAAGGUUGUUCUGCCAGGGGAGAGAGAAAACAAAGCAAAAAACCCCUGCAGCAGUACAGAGCAGGGUUCGUGAACUCUGUUGGCAGUGGCCUGUGAUGGCUGUUAAUGGCAGCUCUGUGCAGGGCUGCGCAUUGCUCUGCAUACCAGUGUGCAGAGCUCUUGAUACAGGCUGUUGGAAAGGCUUCCAGAUAAGCCCUUUCUUCUGCUUUAAAAACAACCUGAAUAAACAGUACAGAAGGGAAGAAAAAACAAAAUAAAACAAAUCUAGUCCAACUUUGGCACCAGCUUCCAAAAGAAAAAAAAAAAUUUCUUGUCUUGCCCUGGCCCUCUUAUUUGUGUUUUGCAAUGAAGGAAAGUAGAACUUAGCUCAUGCCAGUUUUGCCUUCCUGCUUUGCUCUGUUGGGUUUUUAGCUGCUGCAGGUACGUUAGGACUGUCGCAAAGAAACCUUUUGGUACUGAGACAGGUUUUCUGUGAACCUUCUGAGUUAUCUGCUGUGCAGAAAACCUGUCUGCAGAGUCCUUUCAUUGGAAGUGUGACAUUGUACGUAUUCACUGCAUUGCAUCACUCUGCAUUGUAUAUGAAGUUUCUGUAGUUCAUGUUUACAGGAUAAUGCGUGUUUGUCAUUGUUGCCAUUGUAAAAGCGCCCCAAAAUGACAUCGACAAGUUAAAAACAGAACGCUGCUGGGAAGGGAGAGGAAAAGCACAAUCUCACAAAUCUGAGCUUAGUGAUACAGCCAGCCUUUUCCUUCUCUCUGCCUCUGUCUUGAGAGUGAAUGUAAUUGUGAUACCUCAUGAGCCCGCCUGUAAUUCAGUACCAGCAGUAAGCCUGUACCUCACUGACCUGCUACACUGGAUUCCUUGUAAGGGUGACUGUCCUGAAGGCUAUGAUGCUGUCACAGGUUUUGUUUUCUCCUUCCGUCCAAUGCUAUUGUAAACGUUUUUCCCGUGUCUCCCAAGGCUUUAACAGUCAUGGUAUCACCAUAAAUCAAGCACUGGAUUGGAAACAAAUCCAAAAUUAUUGUACCUCUUCAGAGACCUUGCUGGAAAUGUGCAGGUAUGGAAAUGCACAGCUAUGGACAGAUCAGUGCAAAGCUGACUGCCCUACCCUUGGGAAUGGUGGUCAGGUGGGGCAGCUAAGUAUCUGCUUUCUCCAGCUCAGAAGAGCAGAUGUUUUCCAUUUUUACCAGCAAAGCAAAAAAAAAAAAAAAAAAAAAGUUCUAGAAGAUGGCAUCAAUGCUCAAAAGGAAAGAAGCUUCUUCAGCAGGAGCCAGGAUCGGCGCCCAGGGCAGACCUGGCUGCUCCGUACGGCGUAACACCACGAAUGUGUCCUCAAAACCCACACCAGCAAUAAGCCCAGCCUGCCCCUGGGCUGGGGGACCCGCAGCCUUCACUUCGUGAAAGAGUUUAAAUCUUUCUCUCGAAUUUUGAAUGUACAGUGUUAAAUGCGCUCUUAUGGAGAAGGAUGGACAAACAGACUGAUGCGGAGGGGAAUGUUCCACUGACAGUUGUCAAAGCACCGAAGUGCUCGGUGGUGUUCAGCUUUACUACAGCUCAGCCAAACUGGAGGUGAAACGACGUUAACCUGACAGCUCUAUUUUCUAAAGGAAUUAGAUCUAUGUUCCCUUUGUAAAUGGAAGAGAAUAUAAAUCUUUUUAUGGAAAAAAAAAAAAAGAAGAAGAAUGUAAAGUUAAAAAAAAUGUAUAUCUGUAUUUUUGGAUCACGUUAUAGAUAAUGAAUAUAUUGAUAUAAAUAAAAUAUUUUUGGGAA